CCUCCCUCUCCUCCCUCUGUCUCUCUCUCUCUUCACUUUCUCUCUCUAAGACCUCCUUCAAGUUUUUCGUUGCCCGUUUUGACAUCUCUCCCUCUUCCCCCCCUCCUUCUCUCUCUCUCUCUCUCUCUAUGUCCGUCUCUUUCUACCCUGUAACUUUCUGCGCAGCUUAGGUUUUUCGUUUCUUUGCUUGGAAUUCAAGGAAGACGGAGCUCUCGGAAGCGAGCUCGAGAUGCGUCGGUGCCGAGCUCCUUUGGGGGCUGACUCUUUUCGAGGCUCUGCCCGCCGGAUUUGCAAAUUCGGGACAAAUCUGGGCUUCCGAGUGAAGUUUGUUGGGCUUCAGAUCUCUGAUGGUCUUGAUGGCAAGUUAUAGACGAUAAGCAGCUCUAUCUGGGAUGCAGUGGCCUCAUUCUGAUGGAAUCCUCUGUUGGGAGAUGAUUCCCCUGAUUCAUGCGCUUUUUGUGCAUUUGAAGCAGAUGGACUGAAGGGUCUGAUUUUUAGUGAGGAGGAUGGCCAUUGCGGGUCUGCACAAUGUUUCGGUGCUUGAUUCUUCUUUCCUCAGAGAUUCUCAAUCUUCAGGAGCCAGAGGACGGGCUGACCAUGGGAUGUCAGGCACUCGGGCGUCCUCCACACUGCAGAUGUGGCGGGAGCUCGAGGAUGAACAUGCAGUGAGUCGUCAAGAGAGAAUCGGUGAAGGAUUGAUCCAUGAAACAAGUGAUGUUUCAACUAAUGAUCUCUCAAGUCUCAACAGUUUUGAAGAAGGUGAGAGUGAUGUGGUUGAGAAUGGGAACGAGUCUGGAACAUGGUCUGACAGUCAAGCCGUGUCACAAAAUGAGACCUUGGAAAACAACAAUCUCAGCCAGGAGCAUUCUUCUGAUUUAGGAGAAACCGAGAGAGAAAGAGUGAGGAAAAUAUUUCGUGAAUGGAUGAACAGUGGUGUUAGAGAGUGUGCAUCCGACAUUUCUCAAAUUGCUGAUCAUCCAAGGGCACAAUGGCUUGGGGAAACUGAGCAGGAGAGGGUUAGAAUAAUAAGGGAGUGGGUACAGACAAAUAGUCAGAGAGGUCCUUGUGGUGACAGCAGAGAACAGGCCGCUGAAAUUGGUGCUCAAAUUGAACGGGUGCGUGAUGGCUUGCUUGUGAAUGGAAAUGAAGUCCGAGCUGACAAUAACAGACGAGGCAUUCGCAGAGUAUGUGGUAGACAGGUUCUACUCGACAUGUUGAAGAAAUCAGAGAGAGAAAGGCAAAGAGAGAUCCAGGGGUUAUUGCAGCAGCAGCCGGUUUCACAGUUUGCUCAUCGCAACCGCAUUCAGUCAUUGCUUAGGGGUAGAUUUUUGCGAAAUGAGAGGACAGUGAAUGAAGGAACCAGUUCCUUGGCAGCUAGCGAACUGGGAUUAUUAAGGAAAAGACAGACAGUUUCUGGUCUCAGGGAAGGAUUUCUUUCCAGAUUGGACAACUCUGUCAGUGGUGAAGUGAGCACUGACUUUGAUAGCUCUUCUAGCAGUGAAAUCAAUGAUAAUCAGCAAGGACAUGGUGGCCAAAAUAAUUUGCCCGUGGUCAUGGAUGAUAAUCUUGAAGGAACUCGGCCUUCUAAUGCUGAAAGAAAUAUCUAUGAGUUGUCACAUGGUAGAGAUAAUUUAGGAUCCAUUAAUCAAGAAGUUGGAUCUGUGGAUGUUGCUGAAGAAAGGCAGGUUGAAGUGCUAGCAAAUGAGUCACACAACAAGCAACAGCCAGUUGCUGCUCAGUUGACGGAUGUGGGUGGAAGUCAGGCAGACAGUUCACAUGAAAGGGGUGAUCGGUCACCCAAUGAAAUUGGGCAAAUUGAUGUCCCAGAGCAUGCUUCUUCACAUCUGAUACGUGGAGUAGAGAGUGCCAUUGGCGAUGGGGCAGGAUCCACUGCUAACACUGAAGAAAUGCCAGAGGCAGGGCUUGUAAGUGAGUUGAGGAAUAGUCAAAUGUCAAUUGUUGCUGGAUCGAUUGAUAUGGUUGAUGGGGAGGUCAAUGUACGUACUGAUGAGCCAUCUAGAGAUUUGCAGAUUGAAUCUGGAGAACCUACUCAUUCGGAUCAAGUAAGCGAAGCACUCUAUCGUCAUUUUGAGACAGUACGAGAGGGAAACUCUGUCCAUACUCUAUUGGAACAGACAAGUUCUUUUGAUGAAAAUGCUGCUGAAAAUGUAAGAUGGCGAGUUUCAGCCAUCCAAGUUCAAGAUUGGCAAGAAAGCCGCUCGGAAAGUGAAGGGAGUGAUCUCCAUGAAGCAGGUGCCCAAUCUAAUGGACAAAUUGGCAGUGCUGGUGAGGUUUCUGAUGAAUCUCCCUCAGAAACCACUGUUAAUGAAUGGUCGCAGGACCGAUAUGCAAAUGAAGACAUGGAAGGUAGCCCUCGAAUGGAGUAUGAGGUUGAAAAUGGGAUCAAUAGUGUCCAAGAGGAUGGGCAGAGUUGGUCUGAAGGUCAUUCUGAACAGGAAGAUGUUUCCAAUGGAAGAGUUGGCACAUUUUAUUUACCAGAUGAUGAUAAUGUGUAUAGCACGGAACUCAGGGAACUUCUGAGUAGGAGGAGUGUUUCUAAUCUUCUUCACAGUAGAUUUCGCGAGAGUCUUGACCAACUGAUACAAUCAUAUGUAGAAAGGCAAGGUCAAGCUUCUGCAGAUUGGGAGUUGCAUGGUACAUCUCCUACUCCUGCAACUGCAGAGGAGGAGUUGGAGCAGAUGAGUGGAGAAAAUGAUGCUCAGAUGGAUGCUGUUGAGAACCCCUCAUUUUCUCUACCACCAUUUCCACCCCCUUCAAUUCAGUCACGCUGGGACGAGGACUUGCACCAUGAUGGUUGGCCACAGCAUGACAUUCAUCAACACAUGGGAGUUGAAUGGGACAUCAUUAAUGAUUUGAGGGUGGAUAUGGCUCGGCUUCAGCAGCGGAUGAAUAAUAUGCAAAGGAUGCUUGAGGCUUGCAUGGACAUGCAACUUGAGUUGCAGCGUUCAAUUAAGCAAGAAGUGUCCGCGGCACUAAAUCGCCCAGCGGGCUCACAAGGUGCAUGUGUAGGUGGCGGUCUGAUGGAUGACGAAUCUAGGUGGGAUUCUGUGAGAAAAGGGAGUUGCUGUAUAUGUCACGACAACAACAUUGAUUCUUUAUUGUACAGAUGUGGUCACAUGUGCACGUGUUCCAAAUGUGCGAAUGACUUAGUUCAGAGUCAAGGGAAGUGCCCAAUGUGCUGGGCACCCAUUGUUGAGGUUAUACGUGCUUAUUUUAUUUCAUAGCUGCCAGGCCAGGAAGAGAAAUAUCACUUUACUGACAACUGCAUUCCUCGCGCCUGCUCAAGACUCCUUCAGGUUUUCAAGAACUGAGUUUGAUGCUUGAAAGACAGGUGAGGGCUGUGAUAGUCUUGGAGUUCAAUGUCUUCUUCUUUAGCUUCACACUUUUAUCUCCGUCGAUGCCAUGGUUCUUCCGAGCAACGGCUAGGUUCACCGGUUCAGUACAGAGAACCAAAAGAAACGAAAAAAAGAUGAUUGGUUGUAGUCUGUUAAAAGGUGGAGUGUGCAAGCAUUAAUUCCCUAAUAAUCAUAGAAUUAAUUUUGCCCCCCACUUUUUCAAGCUAUUCUUUUGAAUAUUACUUGUGACUUUUGUCACGAAAAGGAAUGUAUUAUAACUUAUGCGAGGGUGUUGACAACAUCAUAGCUGCUUUGCCUUCCA